AUGUCAGAUAGACAACAACAAGAUUUACCAGACUUACCAGAAGGUUGGGUCGCUCAAUGGGACCAAGAAUAUAAUCGAUACUUCUAUGUCAAUAAACGUACUGGAAAAUCAACCUGGGAAUUGCCAAUUGACCCAGCAUCUCCAUAUUCUCAAGAAAAUACCUCGCAACAUUCAUUCCAAGGUGAAUACAACAGACCAUCUUCUGCAGGAUUAAACAAACCUCAAGAAGGCGGAGCUGAAGGCGAAGGUGAAGGUGAAGCCACAGAUAGAGGAUUGGGUUCUAUGUUGAUGAAUCAAGUUUUAGGUGGGAAUAACCAACACGGUAGUAGUAGUAGUGGAGGUGCUGCUGCAUUAGUUGGAAGUUUAUUAGGUGGAGGUAAGACAAGUGGUUAUGGUAGUAGUAGCAGUAGUGGUGGUGCUGCAGCUUUAGUUGGAAGUUUAUUAGGUGGCGGUAAGACCAGCGGCCAUAGUAAUAGUAGUGGUGGCGGUGCGGCUGGUUUGGUUGGAAGUUUGUUAGGUGGUAACAGUAGCCAAAGUGGAUAUGGUGGUAAUCAAGGAUAUGGAGGUAAUCAAGGAUAUGGAGGUAAUCAAGGAUAUGGUGGAGGUGGCUAUAACCAAGGUGGUGGUUAUGGCAGUGAUGGAUAUGGAGGAGGUAGACAUGAUGGAGGUGGAUAUGGAGGAGGUAGACACGAUGAAGGUGGAUAUGGAGGAGGUAGACACGAUGAAGGUGGAUAUGGAGGAGGUAGACACGAUGGAGGUGGAUAUGGAGGAGGUAGACACGAUGGAGGUGGAUAUGGAGGAGGUAGGCAUGAUGGAGGUGGAUUCUUUGAUGAUUAUCCUGGCCAUGGAGGUGGGGGAAGACAUGACGGAGGACAUGGAGGUGGUAGGCAUGAGGGUGGCGAUGGAUACGGUGGUGGUGGCCAUGGUGAAGGUCACCAUGGAGGAGGACAUCAAGGUGGUGGUCGCUGGUAG